AUGGAAAAUCGACCGCCAAGUGGAAUUUCCAAUUCCUCUUAUACCCGAAUCCAACGCUCAAAAAACACGGCGUCGCGACGCUUCACUAUCGAUACGUCACGCGCCAAAUCGAACCAAUUCGUCGUCUCAUUAUGUGCCAAGAAAAUAGGUAUAAUUGAAUAUCCGGAAGGUCGGCCGGAUAAACAACCCAGCGAUGUUUACUGGCACAAUGUGGUACUUUCGGAUAUGAAUAAAAUUGUCACCUCACCGCACUCGAAAGUCAACAAGUUCCCAGGAAUGACAGAACUAGCCAAGAAGAUUUCCUUGACCCAUGCGAUCUCCUCUAUGCAAAAAUUGUUCCCAGACGAGUACGCAUUCUAUCCAAAGUCAUGGUUCCUACCAGCCCAUCUCACUGAUUUUCAUACGUAUUAUCGGAAAAGCCAGGCCGCUGGAAAAAUGGAAAUGUGGUUUAUUGUAAAGCCUGAUGAAGGUGCACAGGGUACCGGCAUCUAUUUGAUAAGCAAUCCAAGUCAGAUAAGAGAUGUAAACCAACAACAGUUAGUUCAGGAAUACAUCGCUGACCCGAUGCUUAUGGGUGAUAAAUUGAAAUUUGAUUUCCGUGUGUAUGGAGUUAUCAAGAGCAUCAAUCCUUUGUCGAUAUACGUGGCUAGAGAAGGAAUGGCUCGUUUCUGUACAGAAAAGUACGAGAAGCCGGAUUCGUCAAACUUCAAAAAUCUCUACGCUCAUCUCACGAAUUAUUCAUUGAACAAGGCGAAUGAGGCGUACGUGCAUAGCAACACACUCCAAGACCAGACCAAAGGAAGCAAGCGUCUCUUAUCUACCGUAUUCCAUCAGUUGGAAUCCAGGGGUAUCAAAACAAAGAAAUUAUGGCAUGACAUCAAACUCAUCCUUGUGAAGACUACAUUAGCAAUGCUACCGGAAAUAAUGCUACAUUAUGAACAUCAUUUCUAUGAUUCACCAGGCCCGCAAUGUUUUCAGAUCAUGGGUUUCGACGUUAUGAUAAGAGAUGAUGGAACGCCCAUCCUUCUUGAAGUGAAUGCUGCUCCAUCUCUUACUGCAGAUCAUAUUGUUCCAUAUCCUGGCAGAUCACUAACCGAGGGUGGCCAACGGGUCAGAAGUAUUGUUGAUGAGGUUAUAAAAAUGCCACUAGUCAGAGAUACAUUACUUCUGGUGCUGGGAUUAAUGGAAGAGGAAUAUCAGACUACUCAUAGUUUAAAAGGUGAAACAAAGUCUCUGGAUGAUUUUCAAACAAUAAAACAGAAAAGGAAACCUCAUUUGAGUGAAAUAUUUCCAACCCGGUAUGGUGCUCACAGUGGCCAUCUCCUAUUCCUGGAUAAGGCCAUGUAUAUCUACAUGCAAUUUGUGCAACUACGUAACAAUGUAAACAUCACUGGUGCCGGAUUGAAGCAAUUUGUCAGGAAGUGCAAUCUAGCAGAUGUAAUGCCGAUUGCACAAGUGGAUGUGAAAGUUGCAGAGAUUAACUAUUAUUUUACCGGGGACCGACAGACUAGUGGGAAUGGACUUCCUUUCCAUGCGUUCCUUAUGUUUUUAUUCUUUGUUGCUGAGAAGAAGUUUCAUAUGGAAUCCGACUUGCUGGCAAAAGUUCAAAGACUCUUAUCUUUCUGUGAUAUGAGUCUGAGACACUAUGGAGUCCGGUCUGCUAGAUUGAGAAGAGCUGAAGUUGACUCCACUAUUGGAAAUGUUGAAAUCUACAUGCUGCCGUCUCGGAUGGCUAGAAAUCGGUCUGGCCGGUAUGGCAGAAAGGAAAAUGGAAUGGAUGCAAACAACAAUCCAAACAGUUUCAGCCACUUGCCACGGAUUACCGAAAGACUAUGA